ACGGCCUGCGCCGCCUGGCAACACAGUCGGGCGGCGGGGCAAAAUGCUGGGGAAGCGCGUCCCGCGCUCCCUGGCAACACCGAGGCGCCCGCCGCGCAUCACGCCACCUGCGCGCGAGCCAAUCGCAGGCGGCGAUUCAAACUGCGCCUUGCGUCAUCCAACGGGAGGCCGCCACGGUGACGCCGGCGCGCUGGAGAAGGGGCGACGACGGAGGCGUCGAGAGCGGCGCUCGUCCACUUGCCUUCACGGGCCGUCGAGAUCAACACCACUGCCGAUACGUAACGGGUCCAACGAAUCUCUGCAGUCUAAAUUGUAUAACUUAAUCUCGAGUGAAUAAUUCAUUGUAAAGUUUUAAUAAUUAAUAUAAACCAGUAAUAAGUGUGCAUUCGCAUUUUUUAUUUGAUCACGCAAGCGCGUACAAAAUUGGCGACCGUGACAGGACCCGUUACAUCGCGAUCUAUUCGUCGUCUCGUCGCGUCAAGAAUCGUCGAGAAUCGUCGGUCGGCACGUGGAGCAAGUGCCGCAGCCCGCCAUCUAUCCAGUCGGGCUGCGUAACCGCAUCGAGACUGCAGGAGGCGAAGGACCCGGACAAGCAGCCUCAGGAGCCCGGUGAAGACGGCGACACGUCAACCGAAGGUCUAGCCCAGGAGAGUAAGCCUUGAUCCUUUCUAAUUUCCUUUCUCAAUCUCGAUCCUCGUGCUCUUGCGCUGUGAAAUAGCGGGCGGCUAGCUAUUCGAGCGUCGGGGGGCUUCUCCGGCAAAGCAGUGCCACGUGGUGGCAAAGGCGCCAUAAACUGGCCAAACUGCUAGGUUAUAUUGCACGUGGGUUGUGUUUUUUUUUUGAAUUGGGUUACGCUUAUUACAUGCUAAGUGGCAUUUUUCUCCAUUAUUCAUUUGUUGCACAUACCAUUGUUAAAUCAAGUCACCCGCACCCACGCUAAGCAUAACCACAUUUUAUUUUUCCGAAGCACGGCAAGCUUGCAUUCGAAGUGCACGCAUUUAUUUUCAAGGUUAUUGCCUAUUACACCUGCCUAAAGUUCACGCACGCGCGCGAACUAGUGCACGCACAUUUCUUUGCUUGGUGAACCAGCAUUGCGGCCGACUAUUUCAGAGUUCCUGCCAUACGGCAACGGUUCCGGUCCAGCUUCGCAGCCCCAACGGCACGGCGGAUUCCCUCGGCACGCCUGUUACAUCGGGUUGCGGCCGACGCUGCGGCGCGGGAGUCGGGUGACCACGUGUUGGAGCGGCGCAUAAUAUUGUCAGGCACUGCUCGCAGCCAUUCGUGAGGAAUAUUGGCCAAUAGGAGGAAGAAACCUAGCUCGCAUUACUACCAAGCAGUGCGUUGUAUGUACGCGCCUGCGAGGUAAAUCUGUCGAACCAAUUAUGGGCGAUCUGCCAGCCGUAAGAACUGACUGUAGCUUUGCAUUUAGUUCAUGUGGGGUAGACUUUGCGGGGCCAUUUAGAAUUUCCAGCCGUAAAGGUCGAGGAAACCGCAUAACAAAGAGUUAUUUAUGUUUGUUUGUGUGUCUAACCACUAAGGCGGUUCACCUAGAGGUAGUCAGCGACCUCACUUCUGAAGCAUUCAUUCUAUGUAUACGUAGGUUUGUGGCCAGGAGAGGUAAACCCUAUGCUAUCUAUUGUGAUAAUGGUCGUAACUUCAUAGGUGCAUGCAAUGAGCUGGGUAGAAUGUUGCAAAAGAGCCAAGAUUCGGUCUUCAAUUAUUCGGCGAACGAGGGAAUCCGCUUUGUGUUUGGGCCUGCAUAUUCGCCCCUUUUUUGGAGGAAUAUGGGAGGCGGGCAUAAAAUCAUCAAAAUACCAUUUAAAACGAGUAGCUGGAGAGGCCUGUCUGACUUUCGAGGAGCUGGCCACCUUAUUUUCACAGAUCGAGGCCAUCCUAAACUCCCGUCCCCUCUCCCCACUCUCGUCAGAUCCAAAUGAUCCCACUCCUCUCACCCCAGGGCACUUUCUGGUGGGCAGGCCACUGACUGCCGUCCCGUCGCCACCCAUCACAGCUCUGCGGCCCAACCGUUAUGAGCUCAUAGAAAAAAUCCGCCAACAGUUUUGGUCCAGGUGGCAGAAGGAGUUCCUGGCCGAGAUGCAGCAGCGGUCCCGGUGGAGGACUCAGCAGCAAGGCCUCAACUGCGGGGACCUCGUGCUUCUACGGGAGGCAAACCUGCCUCCGCUCCAGUGGCGCUUGGGGCGCGUCACGCGCCUACACCCCGGCCCGGAUGGCGUCAGCCGGGUAGCGGACGUCACCACCACCAAGGGGACGGUCACUCGGGCCGUCCGCACCAUGUGUCCCCUCUUCCGGGACACGUCGAGUUGAAUCCUUCAACGCCUGGGAGGAUGUUACGGCCUGCGCCGCCUGGCAACACAGUCGGGCGGCGGGGCAAAAUGCUGGGGAAGCGCGUCCCGCGCUCCCUGGCAACACCGAGGCGCCCGCCGCGCAUCACGCCACCUGCGCGCGAGCCAAUCGCAGGCGGCGAUUCAAACUGCGCCUUGCGUCAUCCAACGGGAGGCCGCCACGGUGACGCCGGCGCGCUGGAGAAGGGGCGACGACGGAGGCGUCGAGAGCGGCGCUCGUCCACUUGCCUUCACGGGCCGUCGAGAUCAACACCACUGCCGAUACGUAACGGGUCCAACGAAUCUCUGCAGUCUAAAUUGUAUAACUUAAUCUCGAGUGAAUAAUUCAUUGUAAAGUUUUAAUAAUUAAUAUAAACCAGUAAUAAGUGUG